UCACACUUCUCGGUCUUGUUAUGGUGCGGGACGCCCAGUGGAAACAUCUUCUCCAACCUGACUGGAGAUUUUCUCUUUUUCAAUCUGAACUGCGACCAAAAUCAAACUGAAAUAAGCAGAUUUGACCGGGACGGAGAUGGAAAUAUCGAUAGAGUCGGAAGAUGCAGAGCGCAGGUGGGAACACUGGAAGCUUCUGUCUAAUCUGAAGACGACUGUCGAAGGACUGCUGUCAACCAACAAUCCCAAUGUGUGGUCUCGCUAUGGGGGUCUUCAGCGCCUGCACAAGGACAUGAAUAAUAUACUGGGACAUGGACUGAAGCAUGAACAGGUUUACUAUAAACAAAAAGACUACUGGCGUUUUGUGUGGUGCGUGCGGUACCUCUCUCCUCAUUUGGCCCGUCAUGUAGAACAGUUCAGUCAGUUGGAGCCUGUUUUGAGCAGUGGCAUGCAGUGCUUUGGAGAGGGUUAUAAGGCUGAACGCUGGCUGUUACACAGUCUUCAAGGUCAUAUCUUAUCUGCCCAGCUUAAGCCAUUACUGCAGCACAGGGCAAAUAUACAGAAAUAUUACAAUGAUGAGGCCUUUGUGUUAAGCGAACCUCACGUGUGCGCCAUGUUCCAAUGUCUGGAGGCGGUGGAGCAAAAUAACCCUCGGCUGUUGGCCCUCAUCGACACUGUCCGGCUAUCUCAUUUGAAAGAGUCUCCUCCCUUUGGUUUGCUGAAGAGUCAGAGUAUGUGUUUGCUGCCAGGGGUGUCAGGAAGUUGGAAAACUCCAGACAACUCGCAGUGCCGCAGGCUCUCGGAGAUUCCCAGCACUCCACACUCUGAGAAAAUCUCAGAUUCUGCGCCAUCCAGCAGUACGCAAGGGGCUCCAUGGGUGUGCAGCGGACGAAAUCAAAGCCCCCCGGACACAAAAAUACCUCAGAUUGCCUUUACAGAACCCAGGUCACCUGCUCUGGCCGAGAUCCGGGAUUGCACGGAAGUGGAUCUGGAUGACGGUCCGGAAUAUCUUGCGAUCGGUAAUCUAGGGAAGCGCAGACGUCGGGACUCGUCCAGCUCCGCGCCAAGCAGUGAACCCCUGGAAACACAGAGCUCAACACAGAUGGCUUUGGCUCCACCUCCACCGCGACGCUGCUCUUUCUCAGAGGCUCAGAAGAGUAUUGGGCGGAGCUUCAAGGGCCAUACGCGAUCUUUUUCUGAUACAGGCAUCUCACAAAAACUGAAAAAUGGAGAGGGUCACAGGAAAAUCACCAUUAUAAUCGAGGACCCUGUCGCAGAAUCGGUUACAGAUACGCCGUGCUUGAAAAGCUGUGAUCCAUUCUCACCCCAGAGCAGAGAGAGCAGUACACACAGUUCUCUUUAUAUGGAAUCAAAUGGUUUCCAGAACAACAGUAUACCAGAUGGAUUAUUUCGCAGACCCUCCGAGGGUCAAAGUCUGAUCAGCUACCUCUCAGAGCAGGACUUUGGCAGCUGUGCUGAUCUGGAAAAGGAAAACGCCCACUUCAGCAUCUGUGAGUCUCUGAUAGCAGCUAUCGAGCUGAUGAAGUGUAACAUGCGGAGGCCGGCAGAAGAGGCGGAGGAAGAGGGCGACAGCGACACCGAGAUUCAACAGCUCAAGCAAAAAAUCCGUCUGCGCAGGCAACAGAUAAGACGCAGCCGGGUACCGCCACCUGCUGCUUCACAAAAUGGUGCUUCAUCCGUUGACAGUGGCGGCUCACAACGGAAUUCCCAGGAUUCUCUCAAUCCCUCUGACUCCGGCUCGGAUAGAGAAGUAGAAGAUAUUGAGCUCAAAGAUGGCAGUGAAGGUCAGUCCUUGCUGGCGGUGUCUCAGAACGGACUGUCCCUGUCUCUCGCGUCCCUUUUUUCAGAUGCAGAUAUCAAACGCAGUGCAACCUCCAGCAGUCGAUCCUUCCUCAGUUCAGACUCAAUCUCUCCAUCAAUGCCAUCAAUGCUACAAUCCAACUCGGCCGAGUCUGUGGCUAUGGGUCUCCUCAGACAGUUUGAGGGCAUGCAGUUGCCCGCUGCAUCCGAGCUGGACUGGCUGGUUCCAGAACAAGAUGCUCCUCAGAAGCUUCUUCCAAUACCAGAUUCUCUUCCCAUAUCUCCUGAUGACGGCGAACACGCGGACAUUUACAAACUUCGGAUUCGGGUCCGAGGGAAUCUAGAGUGGGCCCCUCCGAGACCACAGAUCAUCUUCAACAUUCACCCAACUCCAAAGAAGAAAGUUGAAGUCGCUAAGCAGAACUACCGCUGUGCUGGUUGUGGCAUUCGGAUCGAACCAGAAUACAUAAAGCGGCUGAGGUACUGCGAGUAUCUGGGACGGUUUUUCUGCCAGUGCUGUCAUGAGAACGCCCAGGCCCUUGUACCCGGAAAGAUCCUUAGGAAGUGGGACUUCAGUAAAAGCUAUGUCAGCAACUUUGCCAGGGACUUGCUGGCUAAGAUCGCAGGAGAUCCUCUCUUUAACCUAAAUGACAUCAACAGUGGCCUGUACAAGAAGAUCAAAGCCCUGGAUACAGUGCGAGCAUUAAGGGAACAGCUGAACCACAUGAAGAAUCUCUUAAGAACGUGUCGUUUAUCUAAAGAGGUUUUGGAUCAGUUCGACAUGCUUCCUGGACAUCUGACAGAAGACUUCCACCUAUUCUCUCUCAAUGACCUCAGCGCUGUACGAAACGGCAACUUGGCCCCGAAGCUACGAGACCUUCUCCGCCUCGGCUCCAACCACGUCAAAGACUGUAUGCUGUGCCAGGCCAAAGGGUUCAUUUGUGAGUUCUGCGGAAACGACAAAGACAUUAUUUUCCCCUACGAGCUGAACAAGUGCCUGCGUUGUGAUGAUUGUCAUGCGUGCUAUCAUAAGACCUGCUUUAAGGGUGGAAAGAAGUGUCCUCGCUGUAUGAGACUGGCUGAGAGGAGGGAGCGAAUGGCUCGCAAAAAUAUGGUGGAGCAGGAGGACGGAGAGCAGGUGGACGGAGAGCAGGUGGACGGAGAGCAGGUGGACGGAGAGCGGGAGGCAAGCGGCACCUAGCACACAACCUAGAGUAAUCAACAUCAUGUUAAGAGCACAACAGAACGGUGAAUGUACUGACUGAAUCCUUACUUGAUUUCCGUCGCAAAUAAGCUGCCACCUAGAGGAUUAUCAAAGCUAUGAAGUUUUAUGUGAGAAUGGUGCGUUUUACGAUGUGCCGUUUUGUGUGGCUUCUAUUCCCUCCAACCCUAAAAGCUCAUUUGUUUUAAUCAGGGGGCCAACUCUUUUUUUUUGUGUAUGGGUUUUUCAUGUCUGCUUUUUAUUCUCGUAUGUGUUUGUAUUAAUGCUACUGUCACGCACCUCUUUAAUAGAGAUCGUUUAUGAGGAGAAAAGCAACUCCAGAUCUUGCACAAUAGCUUACUCCAAGUGUCAGCUACAAUGGGACUCGUUCGUGAACUUUAAACAGAAUGAAUUUCAGUGUAAAUUGUCCAUAGAAACUAACGAAUAAGGCUUAUUCUUAUUGUUUGUAAAACCAUUUUUGUGUAAAUUAUAUCGAAAAUAAUAUAAUGAAGAAACAAUGCGUUUUUCUGUUUUAAAAAAAUAUCUUUAGGUUUUUCUCACAAUUUACUCAAAUUCUGCUCAUUCAUAAAGCAUUUUAGCUUUUUAAUGACAUCUUUACGAACUAUUUCCACAUUUUUUGCCAUAUUUGUUUAGUGGUGGGCAAACGAUUAAUCGUUUACAAAAAAGUUUGUGUUUGCAUAAUAUGUGUGUGUUCUGUGUGUAAUUAUCAUGUAUAUUUAAAUACACACACAUACAUGUACACAUUUAAUGUAAUUUAAAUUUAUAUAUAAUUUUUUUUAUAUUUAUAUAAAAUUUUAUUUAAUUUAUAUAUAAGUUAAAAUAUAUAAAAAUAUAAAUAAAUAUAUACACAUGUAAACGUUUCUAUAAUACAUGAAUGUGUGUGUAUUUAUAUAUAUUUAAAAAAUAUAAUUAUACACCGUACACACACAUUAUGCAAAUACUCACUUUUUUGUAUGCGAUUAAUUGCGAUUAAUCGUUUGCCUAACACAAGUUGUGGUAUUGAAUUAGAUAACUUUUUUGUGUUUUGUGAAUGAGGCUUUACGCACACAUAGUUUCUGGGACAAUUUACACAACAUUUCUUCUGCUUAAAGGAUGAGGUCCAAUGAUAGAUCUUAUUAUUAUUUGUACAUAUAAAGGCCUUUUGCUUUAACAUUUUGCACCAACCAAAAAUGGCACUUUGUAUGUUUUCCUUUUCUUUGUUUGAAGAAAUAUUUUUGGUUAUUUUAUUUGCACUAAUUAACUAAUGUUUGUGUGAAUGCACACUGUAUUAAUGUCUGAUUAAUUAUUAAUCAUUCCAGCAUCUCACCUUCAGUCCAAAAUGAGAAAUGGUCUCAAACUGAGACCCUUAUCUGUCCUAUGAAGGUACUUAUGUAAAAAAAAACCGACAAUUGUACCAAAGUGUUGUUUGCUUAAAAGAAUUUAUUAUUGUAAAGUUGUAUUAUAAUUCACUACAUAUAAUAAACAUCAUAGUUUUAGAUAUAUUGUGAGUAAAAGCAAUAACAGCCUUGUGCUACUCUGCAUUAAAUGCACUGACCAUAAUAAUGGAGACUGAAUGAAUGGACACACUUGUUAUGGUGGGGCUGCUCAAUAAGAUAUGAUUUUAGAUUUAUAACUUUUCAUUUGAUCCUGCUGAUGUUCAUUGUUAAAAGAACUGGAUUGCCUUUUUUAUUCAGGGGCUUUAAAGUGCACUAUUUGAAAACAAAAUGUAAAUAACAUAUAUAAUUUCUUAUUGUUAUAUAUCUAUGUAACUGAUGAUUAAAGAUGUUUAGACUGUU